AAGAUGAAACUUUUAUUUUUGGCACUUUUUGCAUUGGUGUUGGCCGUUCAGUUCAUCAAUGGUGCACCAACGAGGAAUAGGUUACAAAGAUUCGGAUUCUGCCUGACGCCAGAACAACAAAAAGAGGAUAUUGAAACGAAAAUUGUUAAAAUACAAACAAAAACGGACAAGACUGUUGCAGAAAUACGAAGGACCGAAACUGUAAAGGACGAAGCUGAUUAUAAAGUCGAUGAUGCGAAUGCCAGAGGUGACGAGAAAAUACAAAAACAAAAACUAAAGCUAUUGAUGUUAGGACCAAAGCUCAAAUAA